CAUAGACGUUCGCUGCUUCCCGAAAUAAUCAACAUUCAUUCAACAAAGGCUGUGCCCUGGCAUCGAAACGGCGUCAAGGCUGGACUAACACGGACAACAACGGGGAAUCCGGUUUUAAAUGAGCACUUAACCAUCCAACAAACAUCUAUGUCAAGACUACCAACGGACCACAUCUAGCUGCCGUGUCUCCUGUCUCUCGCAUUGGACCACAGUGACAGGGACUACCUAAUCUAAAUCCGAGUAUCAGCUAAAUUAACCAAGACCGACAUCCAAAAUGGUUCAGAAUAAGAAUACCACCCCAGAGGUCACUGGCAUCACCCGCUCUUUAAAUGUCCAAAACCCUUUCAAUUCUGAAGAUUACACCAAAACAGACUCCAGUCUCCACGAGUCAAACUUACAUUUAGAUUUUCCCCCAAGACCUGACAUGCCAGCCAGCCAGCCUAUUGACAUCCCAGAUGCCAAGAAGAGGACCAACAAGAAGAAGAAGAAGAGAUGCAGGGCCACCGACAGCUUCACCGGGCGAUUCCAAGAUGUUUACGUGCUGCAGAUGGAGGUGCUGGGCGAGGGGGCCUAUGCUGUCGUCCAGACCUGCAUCAACCUCAUCACCCAGAAGGAAUAUGCUGUCAAGAUCGUGGAGAAGCGUGCGGGUCUCAGCCGGAGCCGAGUCUUCAGGGAAGUGGAGAUUCUUUAUCAAUGCCAGGGACACAGAAACAUUCUGGAGCUGGUUGAGUUCUUUGAGGAAGAAGACAAAUUCUACUUGGUUUUUGAGAAACUAAGAGGAGGGUCAGUGUUGACCCACAUCCACCGUCGACAACACUUCAGUGAGCAGGAGGCCAGUUAUGUGGUGCAGGACAUCGCCAGCGCUCUAAACUACCUCCACAACAAGGGCAUGGCGCACAGGGACCUGAAGCCUGAAAAUAUCCUGUGUGAGCACGGAGACCGGAUGUCACCAGUGAAGAUCUGUGAUUUUGACCUGGGCAGUGGCAUCAGACUGAACAGUGACAGCUCCCCUAUCUCUACUCCUGGACUCAUCACUCCGUGUGGUUCAGCAGAGUACAUGGCUCCAGAGGUAGUGGAGGCCUUCAGUGAGGAGGCUACGAUCUACGAUAAGCGCUGUGACCUGUGGAGUCUGGGGGUCAUCCUGUACAUUAUGCUGAGUGGGUAUCCUCCCUUCGUAGGGCGCUGUGGCACCAGCUGUGGCUGGGACUGGGGAGAGCCCUGCCAGGAAUGCCAGAACAUGCUGUUUGAGAGCAUCCAGGAGGGGAAGUACGAGUUCCCUGAGAAGGACUGGAAGCAGAUCUCCUCUGGAGCUAAAGACCUCAUCACCAGACUUCUGGUCAGAGAUGCCAAGAACCGCCUCAGUGCAGCUCAGGUCCUGCAGCACCCCUGGGUCCAAGGGUGUGCUCCCAACACCGUGCCCUCCAGGCUGAACCACAGAGGCAGCAGAGCCCAGGACCUGACCUUCUUCGCCGGCCAGGCUGUGGCCGUCACCCGCCAGCUAGCUGAGCAGGACGAGAGCGACCGUCAGGAGAGAGAGGACCUCAACGAAGAUUCUGAGGAAGAAGGGUCUUUGGGGUCCCUCUCUCUGUCCCCCUCGCCUCACCACAUGGCUACCAGCACCACUGCCAGCUGCAGCCUCAGCCCCCAGAGCUCCCUGCGCCCUCUUUCCCCCUUGUCCACUCGGCUGGCCCGGCAAAGGAGGAGAGGGCCCCCCCACACAGGGCCAGUGUGUGCCUCGGAGCUCCGGCAGCUCCUUGCCCCCCUGGUCAUCACGGAGGACUGUGCCUGAAACCUCUAAUAACCGUUAAACUGACCGACCAACUGCAAACCUGACCUGAUAAUGGCUCCUGAAAAUUCACUGCUCAUCUCCUCCUCCCACCUCUUUUCCCCUCUACCCCCUCCAAUCAUCUUUCUCAUCACUAAGCCACGCCUGCAAUACCUCAGUGGCUUGGAUGAUGAUGGGGAUGUGGUCUUUGCAACACUUAAAGAAGCACAUUGACCCUCUGCCUGAUUCCGAAGACUCAUCUACUCUUGGGUUGGGGGAGGGAGGGGAAAGGGAUUUUGAAGGCACAAAAAAAAAGAAACUACCAUUGAAACGAGCUCCCACACCAAAGGACUAAUGGCUGCUCCUGCUCCACUCAGAGGAGCUGGGGCAUCCCACUCUGAAUUGAAAACUUCAACCAGCUUCAUCAGAUAUACUAGAGGGGGUAUGCUACAAAGUGGGUUCAAUGAGUUAGCCAGAUAACUUUGAUAAGCAAGUCGAAAUAGACAUUGAUUUUAUUGUUAAUAUAAAAAAAAUAAAAAAAGCUAAACUUGGAUAUGUUUUUUGUUUGUUCAAUCAAUACGACGUGCUGUUUUUUACAAGCUUAUCUUUCUACAAAAUAAAACGUAUCAGAAUAUGUAGGCACGUUAGCUGGCUAACUCCUUUAUAGUAUACCCCUCGGGACCUUCCCUCUACUUCAGUCUACGAGAGCGGGAUGGCCCACCUAUCCAGCUAGCAGCAGUGUUGUAAAGCACUUAUCCAAACUGAGACCUUUGUCAGUUUCACUGAGUGGCUCACUCAAACCCUUCCUGCUUGUUGUAGUGGGAGCUCAGGUAGCCUGAUAACCGGGCCCGGCCAAUAGGCUAGCUAACUCUUUACGAGGUAGCUAGGCUAGCUAACUCUUUACGAGGUAGCUAGGCUAGCUAACUCUUUACGAGGCAGCUAGGCUAGCUAACUCUUUACGAGGCAGCUAGGCUAGCUAACUCUUUACGAGGCAGCUAGGCUAGCUAACUCUUUACGAGGCAGCUAGGCUAGCUAACUCUUUACGAGGUAGCUAGGCUAGCUAACUCUUUACGAGGUAGCUAGGCUAGCUAACUCUUUACGAGGCAGCUAGGCUAGCUAACUCUUUACGAGGCAGCUAGGCUAGCUAACUCUUUACGAGGCAGCUAGGCUAGCUAACUCUUUACGAGGCAGCUAGGCUAGCUAACUCUUUACGAGGCAGCUAGGCUAGCUAACUCUUUACGAGGCAGCUAGGCUAGCUAACUCUUUACGAGGCAGCUAGGCUAGCUAACUCUUUACGAGGCAGCUAGGCUAGCUAACUCUUUACGAGGCAGCUAGGCUAGCUAACUCUUUACGAGGCAGCUAGGCUAGCUCACUCUUUACGAGGCAGCUAGGCUAGCUCACUCUUUACGAGGCAGCUAGGCUAGCUCACUCUUUACGAGGCAGCUAGGCUAGCUAGCUCACUCUUUACGAGGCCGCUAGGCUAGCUAACUCUUUACGAGGCAGCUAGGCUAGCUCACUCUUUACGAGGCAGCUAGGCUAGCUCACUCUUUACGAGGCAGCUAGGCUAGCUCACUCUUUACGAGGCAGCUAGGCUAGCUAGCUCACUCUUUACGAGGCCGCUAGGCUAGCUAGCUCACUCUUUACGAGGCCGCUAGGCUAGCUAGCUCACUCUUUACGAGGCCGCUAGGCUAGCUAGCUCACUCUUUACGAGGCCGCUAGGCUAGCUAACUCACUCUUUACGAGGCCGCUAGGCUAGCUAACUCACUCUUUACGAGGCCGCUAGGCUAGCUAGCUCACUCUUUACGAGGCCGCUAGGCUAGCUCACUCUUUACGAGGCCGCUAGGCUAGCUAGUACCUCAUUGCUGGGACUUUACACACCAACACAAAGUCCAAGCAACAUCUCACCUGUUAUCCUUAUUUCUGCCCCUUGAACCACUGCAGUUGUGGUGGUAAUACCGAUCCAUUAUCUGAGAUCUGAGCAGUUCUGAUUGACAUGUUGUGCUCACUGACUGGCUGCAUAUAGGGUGCCGUUUGAUGCAGUCAUUGUUGCUGACUGUAAUAAGGAGACAUGGACCCUGCCAAAUUAGCCUGAACUCUUAGGGCUGAUUCCCCCCCCCCCCCCCCCCCCCCCCCCCGGCCACAGGUUAAUCUUAGCCUAGACCUGGACUAAAAAUCACUUUCAAUGGAGAAUCCUUUAAACAUGUUUCUUAGUCCAGGACUUGGCUUAAUUAAUCUGUGUCCGGGGUAACGAGACUUUAAUUGGUCUGAACCCAAGAGAGAGUCCCAGCAACGAAGAUACUUAAAACUUUAACACAAACUGUUUUCCAGCAGAUACCUCAGGACCUAGAAAUAUAUAUAGAGAGAGUUGGGGGGGGGGACUUAACCAGCUAUCAAUACAACUGUUAUUGACUCACCAGCUAUCAAUACAACUGUUAUUGACUCACCAGCUAUCAAUACAACUGUUAUUGACUCACCAGCUAUCAAUACAACUGUUAUUGACUCACCAGCUAUCAAUACAACUGUUAUUGACUCACCAGCUAUCAGCCAGGUAUCAAGAGAACUGUUAUUGACUCACCAGCUAUCAAUACAACUGUUAUUGACUCACCAGCUAUCAGCCAGGUAUCAAGAGAACUGUUAUUGACUCACCAGGUAUCAAUAGAAGUCAAAGGGAGACGAGGGGAGAGAGAUCCUCAGUUUUUAUUUUCUUCAAAUCACACGAUCAAAAGAAGAUCUACAUUCUAAAAUCCUAAUUAAGUAGUUUUAAAGGCCUUGGUAACACUUGACAAUGGUCACAAUCUGUCAUGUUGAUGACAAGUCAUUUAAUGUAUAAUCAAGGCCUUGUACUGUGGUUAUAACCAGCUGCCCAGAUCAGCUUAGUACUGUGGCUAUAACCAGCUGCCCAGAUCAGCUUAGUACUGUGGUUAUAACCAGCUGCCCAGAUCAGCUUAGUACUGUGGUUAUAACCAGCUGCCCAGAUCAGCUUAGUACUGUGGUUAUAACCAGCUGCCCAGAUCAGCUUAGUACUGUGGCUAUAACCAGCUGCCCAGAUCAGCUUAGUAUUGUGGUUAUAACCAGCUGCCCAGAUCAGCUUAGUACUGUGGUUAUAACCAGCUGCCCAGAUCAGCUUAGUACUGUGGUUAUAACCAGCUGCCCAGAUCAGCUUAGUACUGUGGCUAUAACCAGCUGCCCAGAUCAGCUUAGUACUGUGGUUAUAACCAGCUGCCCAGAUCAGCUUAGUACUGUGGUUAUAACCAGCUGCCCAGAUCAGCUUAGUAUUGUGGUUAUAACCAGCUGUCCAGAUCAGCUUAGUACUGUGGUUAUAACCAGCUGCCCAGAUCAGCUUAGUACUGUGGUUAUAACCAGCUGCCCAGAUCAGCUUAGUACUGUGGCUAUAACCAGCUGCCCAGCCCAGAUCAGCUUAGUACUGUGGUUAUAACCAGCUGCCCAGAUCAGCUUAGUAUUGUGGUUAUAACCAGCUGCCCAGAUCAGCUUAGUAUUGUGGUUAUAACCAGCUGCCCAGAUCAGCUUAGUAUUGUGGCUAUAACCAGCUGCCCAGAUCAGCUUAGUAUUGUGGCUAUAACCAGCUGCCCAGAUCAGCUUAGUACUGUGGUUAUAACCAGCUGCCCAGAUCAGCUUAGUACUGUGGUUAUAACCAGCUGCCCAGAUCAGCUUAGUACUGUGGCUAUAACCAGCUGCCCAGAUCAGCUUAGUACUGUGGUUAUAACCAGCUGCCCAGAUCAGCUUAGUACUGUGGUUAUAACCAGCUGCCCAGAUCAGCUUAGUACUGUGGCUAUAACCAGCUUAGCUCCACUUAACUCUUGUAUAGGAAUGUCACAUGUUGCUAUAAAAUAAGGGUUACUAUCGCAUGAUCUAAAGCAACAACGAUUUGUUAUUUGAAGUUCUCAACGGUCUCAAAAUCUAAAGGAAAGUAAUUCUGGGGCCAAUUAGGGAAAGCAUUCCAAACAACAGAUCUUAAAGGAUAUGACGCAGAUGUGAAUGAUAACCAAUACUUUUUAUUUCAGGGAGGUUAACUCCCAAAGGCACCAUUCUCCCUAUAUAGUGCACUACUUUAGACCAGGACCAUAUAGAACCCUAUUCCCUAUGCAGUGCACUACUUUAGACCAGAGCCCUAUAGAACCCUAUUUCCUUUGCAGUGCACUACUUUAGACCAGAGCCCUAUGGCACCCUAUGCAGUGCACUACUUUAGACCAGAGCCCUAUGGAACCCUAUUCCCUUUGCAGUGCACUACUUUAGAUCAGGGCCCUAUGGCACCCUAUGCAGUGCACUACUUUAGACCAGAGCCCUAUGGAACCCUAUUCCCUAUAUAGUGCACUACUUUAGACCAGGGCCCUAUGGCACCCUAUUCCCUAUGCAGUGCACUACUUUAGACCAGGGCCCAUAGGGCUCUAUGUGCACUAUACAGGAAAUAGGGUGUCAUUUGGGACAUUAAUCUACUAUACUGUGCCAGGCUGCUGUUUCCUCCGGCUGUUAAGCUUCUGUUUCACUGUUGUUUUAAAGUUUCUACAUUGUUGAUGGAACAUAGUGGUUCUGUGUCCCGGUUCUGAGAAUAGUUCUGUUAUUGAACUCUAUGGUUGAUGGAACAGACUGGUUCUGUGUCCCGGUUCAGAGAAUAGUUCUGUUAUUGAACUCUGUGGUUGAGGGAACAGACAGUGGUUCUGUGUCCCGGUUCAGAGAAUAGUUCUGUUAUUGAACAUAGUGGUUCUGUGUCCCGGUUCAGAGAAUAGUUCUGUGGUUGAUGGAACAGUAUGUUGAGGAGGGUGGGGAGCUUAAUGAGAUGAAUAUAGUUAUUUAACUUCAGUCUAUCUUGUUCAGAUCAAGCUGUUUGUUUUAUAGUUUUUCUUUGUGCUGGUAACGUCGUUGAAUAAUUGUGUGUCGCAGAAAUCUAGCGUAGUGCCAUCUUAAGCCAAAUCCAUCCGUUAGUUUAGACUUUUGUUUUAGACUAAAUGUCUGAAUGUGGACAACAAAAUUAAUCUCUACUACAGUACGUCUGGGAAGACCCUAGUAAACACCGCCACACAGGUUCUGCUCUAACAUAGAUCAGUCGAGCCUUUCAUGAUAGAUGGCAGUAUGUUGACCAGAGCCUGUCAGGAUAGAUGGCUCUAUGUUGACCUGUCAGGAUAGAUGGCAGUAUGUUGACCAGAGCCUGUCAGGAUAGAUGGCAGUAUGUUGACCAGAGCCUGUCAGGAUAGAUGGCAGUAUGUUGACCAGAGCCUGUCAGGAUAGAUGGCAGUAUGUUGACCAGAGCCUGUCAGGAUAGAUGGCAGUAUGUUGACCAGAGCCUGUCAGGAUAGAUGGCAGUAUGUUGACCUGUCAGGAUAGAUGGCAGUAUGUUGACCAGAGCCUGUCAGGAUAGAUGGCAGUAUGUUGACCAGAGCCUGUCAGGAUAGAUGGCAGUAUGUUGACCUGUCAGGAUAGAUGGCAGUGUGUUGACCAGAGCCUGUCAGGAUAGAUGGCAGUGUGUUGACCAGAGCCUGUCAGGAUAGAUGGCAGUAUGUUGACCUGUCAGGAUAGAUGGCUGUAUGUUGACCAGAGCCUGUCAGGAUAGAUGGCAGUGUGUUGACCUGUCAUGAUAGAUGGCAGUAUGUUGACCUGUCAGGAUAGAUGGCUGUGUGUUGACCAGAGCCUGUCAGGAUAGAUGGUUGUAUGGUGACCAGAGCCUGUCAGGAUAGAUGGCAGUGUGUUGACCAGAGCCUGUCAGGAUAGAUGGCAGUAUGUUGACCAGAGCCUGUCAGGAUAGAUGGCAGUGUGUUGACCAGAGCCUGUCAGGAUAGAUGGCAGUAUGUUGACCAGAGCCUGUCAGGAUAGAUGGCUGUAUGUUGACCAGAGCCUGUCAGGAUAGAUGGCUGUAUGUUGACCAGAGCCUGUCAGGAUAGAUGGCAGUAUGUUGGCCAGAGCCUGUCAGGAUAGAUGGCAGUAUGUUGACCUGUCAGGAUAGAUGGCAGUGUGUUGACCAGAGCCUGUCAGGAUAGAUGGCAGUGUGUUGACCAGAGCCUGUCAGGAUAGAUGGCUGUAUGUUGACCAGAGCCUGUCAGGAUAGAUGGCAGUGUGUUGACCUGUCAGGAUAGAUGGCAGUAUGUUGACCAGAGCCUGUCAGGAUAGAUGGCAGUAUGUUGACCAGAGCCUGUCAGGAUAGAUGGCUGUAUGUUGACCAGAGCCUGUCAGGAUAGAUGGCUGUAUGUUGACCAGAGCCUGUCAGGAUAGAUGGCAGUAUGUUGGCCAGAGCCUGUCAGGAUAGAUGGCAGUAUGUUGACCUGUCAGGAUAGAUGGCAGUGUGUUGACCAGAGCCUGUCAGGAUAGAUGGCAGUGUGUUGACCAGAGCCUGUCAGGAUAGAUGGCAGUAUGUUGACCAGAGCCUGUCAGGAUAGAUGGCAGUAUGUUGACCAGAGCCUGUCAGGAUAGAUGGCAGUGUGUUGACCAGAGCCUGUCAGGAUAGAUGGCAGUAUGUUGACCAGAGCCUGUCAGGAUAGAUGGCAGUAUGUUGACCAGAGCCUGUCAGGAUAGAUGGCAGUGUGUUGACCAGAGCCUGUCAGGAUAGAUGGCAGUAUGUUGACCAGAGCCUGUCAGGAUAGAUGGCAGUGUGUUGACCAGAGCCUGUCAGGAUAGAUGGCAGUAUGUUGACCAGAGCCUGUCAGGAUAGAUGGCAGUAUGUUGACCAGAGCCUGUCAGGAUAGAUGGCAGUAUGUUGACCUGUCAGGAUAGAUGGCAGUAUGUUGACCAGAGCCUGUCAGGAUAGAUGGCUGUGUGUUGACCAGAGCCUGUCAGGAUAGAUGGCUGUAUGUUGACCAGAGCCUGUCAGGAUAGAUGGCAGUAUGUUGACCAGAGCCUGUCAGGAUAGAUGGCAGUGUGUUGACCAGAGCCUGUCAGGAUAGAUGGCAGUAUGUUGACCAGAGCCUGUCAGGAUAGAUGGCAGUAUGUUGACCAGAGCCUGUCAGGAUAGAUGGCAGUAUGUUGACCUGUCAGGAUAGAUGGCAGUAUGUUGACCUGUCAGGAUAGAUGGCAGUAUGUUGACCAGAGCCUGUCAGGAUAGAUGGCUGUAUGUUGACCAGAGCCUGUCAGGAUAGAUGGCAGUAUGUUGACCAGAGCCUGCCAGGAUAGAUGGCAGUAUGUUGACCUGUCAGGAUAGAUGGCAGUAUGUUGACCAGAGCCUGUCAGGAUAGAUGGCAGUAUGUUGACCAGAGCCUGUCAGGAUAGAUGGCAGUAUGUUGACCUGUCAGGAUAGAUGGCAGUAUGUUGACCAGAGCCUGUCAGGAUAGAUGGCUGUGUGUUGACCAGAGCCUGUCAGGAUAGAUGGCAGUAUGUUGACCUGUCAGGAUAGAUGGCAGUGUGUUGACCAGAGCCUGUCAGGAUAGAUGGCAGUAUGUUGACCAGAGCCUGUCAGGAUAGAUGGCAGUAUGUUGACCUGUCAGGAUAGAUGGCAGUAUGUUGACCAGAGCCUGUCAGGAUAGAUGGCAGUGUGUUGACCUGUCAGGAUAGAUGGCAGUAUGUUGACCAGAGCCUGUCAGGAUAGAUGGCAGUAUGUUGACCAGAGCCUGUCAGGAUAGAUGGCAGUAUGUUGACCAGAGCCUGUCAGGAUAGAUGGCAGUGUGUUGACCAGAGCCUGUCAGGAUAGAUGGCAGUGUGUUGACCAGAGCCUGUCAGGAUAGAUGGCAGUAUGUUGACCAGAGCCUGUCAGGAUAGAUGGCAGUGUGUUGACCAGAGCCUGUCAGGAUAGAUGGCAGUAUGUUGACCAGAGCCUGUCAGGAUAGAUGGCAGUAUGUUGACCUGUCAGGAUAGAUGGCAGUAUGUUGACCCUGAAAAGUAGAACUGACCUCUGAGCCCUGAGAAGUAUGUCCCAUUGGAGUCCCCAUACAGAGAAAGGCCCAAGUAUAUUUUUGCUAUGAUAUGCAUCAUAUUCCUAACUCCGACUCUAUUUUUCUAACGUGUGGGUAGGCUCAUGUAAAGCCCGUGUUCAGAUGAAACAUGAUGAAGCCGUGUGUUUUUAAUAAUAAUAUGGUAUAAUUCAGUUCAUGUUGCUAAGAUACACCCUCACUGUUCUCAGUCAGUGACAGCCUGCCCGAUGGGUAGCCUGAAAUCCAGGAUGUGUUAACAUUCCACUCCUUGCCACUGUUAGGCAUGACAAGCAUUGGCAAGGAGUGGAAUGUUAGCACAAAUAUUACUGUAUUUCAGGCUACGUGGCUGUCAGGCUGUUAGAAACCGUUCAAAACCACAAAUAGUGUCAGAAUGAAUGUGAAACACUUUUAAAUAAUGUGAUUUACUUUUGAACAAGUCCCUGAAAAAUUAACGCCUUGAUUCAAUUGAACCUGCAUUCAUUAUUUCCAUCUGAAAAUGGAACUAGCAAAUCUAUCCAGAUAUUUUUUUUUUUUUUUUACUUUCUUUUGGCACAAAGUAUUUUUGGUUCUGACCCUCACUGACAUUCUGUUGAGCUGUUGUGGCCCCCCAGUCUGAGUUGAGUUGUGGCCCCCCAGUCUGUUGAGUUGAGUUGAGUUGUGGCCCCCCAGUCUGUUCUGUUGAGUUGAGUUGUGGCCCCCCCAGUCUGUUCUGUUGAGUUGUGGCCCCCCCAGUCUGUUCUGCGGCUCGUCGGUCAUUCUGAUCUCUGUUUGGUCCACUGUGUGCUUGGUCCACUGUGUGCUUGGUCCACUGUGUCCUUGGUCCACUGUGUGCUUGGUCCACUGUGUCCUUGGUCCACUGUGUGCUUGGUCCACUGUGUGCUUGGUCCACUGUGUCCUUGGUCCACUGUGUCCUUGGUCCACUGUGUGCUUGGUCCACUGUGUGCUUGGUCCACUGUGUGCUUGGUCCACUGUGUGCUUGGUCCACUGUGUGCUUGGUCCACUGUGUGCUUGGUCCACUGUGUGCUUGGUCCACUGUGUGCUUGGUCCACUGUGUGCUUGGUCCACUGUGUGCUUGGUCCACUCAGCAGCCUGUAGACUCAUGUGGGGGAGGGAAUGAAAAUCCAACUGCAAAGCAGCGGAACAAUGGAUGGCAAAAAGCACUUUAUGUCAUGACAGACCUCUACUCAAACCAUUUUCUCUAAGCCGUUGCAAAACAAUUUUGUAUUGUACAAUUCUUUUUGGGGGGGGAAAUUGAAAUAAAUUUAAUCCACAGAAUAAAA